AUGGCACCAGUUCAUCACCACCCCAUUUCCCCCAAAUCCUUGGUGCCUCCCCCAGGAGGGAUAAGAAGGGACGGUUGCGAGCUGACCUCUCAGUUUCAGGCCAGGACCCUUUCCCACAUCCUGUCUCCUCUCCAGGGGACAGAGCACUCUGGGAAGGUGAUGAGAAACAGAAGCGUAACUUCAUCAGGUGGUCAGGAGGCUAAUCAGUUCGAGCUGCUGGGAGGGGGAGAGCGCGGCCCCAAGCCCCCCUUUUCUCUGUGUGGCACAGCUGGGCUGCAUGGGGGGGCUGGCCGGAGGCAGGGCUGGGUCACCUUGGGGCUCGCCCGGGCUGAGCGCAGCGCUGGAGGGACCUGUGAAGUUCAUAGUUGUACUCAUCGAGGGCUGCUUUGCCAUCGUGCACCAGAGAUGCUGGAUUCCCAGAGCACCGGAUCGGGAAGGGGUGGGCAGGACCUGGGCACGUUCCUCGGCACUGGAAACCGCAGGGCUCCAGGAGAGGGGCACUGA